AUGGCAAAUAUAAAAUUGUCAACAAAUAUUAAUAAAACUAAAUAUAAAAAUAAUAAAAAUGAUAAAAAUAUAUUUAGGAAUGAUUUAUUUUUUAAAGCAACAUUAUUUGUUGUGCUAACAGUACAGUCUGUUUUAACUUUAUUAAUGAUAAGAAUAAAGAAAAUUAAAAACAUAAAUUAUAAAUUAAAAAAUGAAAGCAUAAUAUUAAUGUCAGAAAUAAUAAAAUUUUGUGUUUCUUUUUUUUUUUAUUUUAAUGAAAAUAAAUUUAGCAUAAAACUAGUCAGCAAAAACAUAAGGGAAAUAAUCGUGAAAGAGAAGAUAUGUAUGCUUUCUUUAUUAAUUCCAAGUGUUUUAUAUUAUAUUCAAAAUAUAUUUUUUUUUAUAUCUCUAUCGAAUAUCCCAACCCCCUUAUUUCAGUUGUUAUAUCAAUUUAGAAUUUUAACAGUGGUAAUGUUUAGUUUAUUAAUUUUAAAAAAAAAAUUUAAAAAUACUCAAAUACUUUCUAUUAUAUUUUUAUUUUUAUCUUUGGUGUGUUUGAAGGAUUAUAAUUUAAAUGAUAAUCAUUCUAUAUAUAAAAAGGAAACAGAGACAUCUUUAAAUAAUAAUAGAGAUAAAUGUUAUUUACAUAAAGAAUGGGUGGAUAAUAAGUUAAUAGAAAAUACAAGGAAUAAAAAUCAUUUAUUAUAUUUUAACUAUAAAGAAAAAUCAUUUACUAGUAAUAGAGCAUUAUUAUAUUUUUUUGAAGAAAGUAAAAAAAGAAAUAUACUUCAAAAAAUUAUGAAUAAAAACCUCAAUAAAAAUAUUUUUGCAAAUAAUAAAAAAAAAUUUCAUAAAAUUUAUUAUAUAAAUAAUGAUAUUAUAACUAAUAGCAACAUUGAUAUUUGUGAAAGAGAUGAUAAUAUUUGUAGUAAAGGUGGCAAUAAUAUUAAUAAUUAUAAUAAUAAAAAUAUUUGUCAUAUUGAUAACGCUAGUAAUAAUAGAAAAUUUAGUAAUAUUAUAAUCGGAACAGUAACCACUUUCUUAGCUACAUUUACAAGUGGAUUCUCAAAUGUAUUUUUAGAAUUUUUGUAUUCUAAUUGUAAAUUUCCAUUAUGGUUUCAGAACAUGUGCUUAUCUUUUUUUACCAUAAUAAUAAGUUCAGCAACAAAGAAUAUAAAUCUAUCAUUAAUUUUUAAUAAGUACUCUAAAAAUAAGUUUUCAUUAAAUGAGUACGAGAAAAGUUAUUUAUAUAAAAACACGAAAUUUGAAUUAUUUAAUAUGAAGGAAGAAAAAGAGAUAGAAAAUGAAGAAAUUUUAUUAUUACAAAGAUUGAAAAACUAUUUUUAUCAAUAUUUUGAUUCAUUUAAUGAAUUUUUAUAUGUGUCUUUUUUAGUUUUUUUAAACAGUACUAGUGGGAUAACAAUUGCAGUUUUUAUUAGAUAUAUUGACAGUAUUUCACGAUUUUUCAUAACUCCUAUUAGUUUAUUAAUUAAUGUUUAUAUAUCUUCUAUAUAUUUUAAAGAUUUUGAUUUUACUUUUAAUUUUUUUAUUUCAUUAAUAUUUAUUUUCCUUUCCUUAUUUCUUUAUUCUAAAAAAAAUUAUUAA